AUAUUCUUUUCGAGUGUGAACGAAAAAUGAUGAAUACGAUAUUUGCGUACAUAACAGAAUUUGACAACUAUCGGGAGCAAAUGCGGAGUUAUAUUUCGCCUUCAAUUUUUAAAUCAAUAAUUGCUACUUGUUAGCCUGUGAUUGAAUAUUCUCAUGUGAAAGCACAGGUGCAAUAAAUAAGCGAAAUUGGCAUUACACAAUCACAUUCGGAGUAUCAGAGUCGGACCAGCGGAAGCCGGCGGAACUCAAACGUUAAGAAGCGGAAUAGAAUGGCUUUCGGACGCUAUCAACAUAUGCACAAACGGAAAUGUGUUGGUAUGUUGCCGGUAAUCUGUGCUUUUCUAGCGGGCGUGUUGCUAACGAUCCUCAUCGGAGGCACCGGUCAGACGUGUGAACCAUUGGGUCGGGUAUAUGAACCGGAGAAUUCCUACUUCCUGAUGCUAUUGGUCAUAAGCUCGCCGAGCAAUGUCGAACGACGGAACACGAUCAGAGAGACGUACUUGAACUUGCGGCCCAGAAUGUUGAACGAAAGCUACCAGGACGAAGCCAUUUAUGUCCCACUGUACGACGAGAACGGACAUUUGAUGUUGGAAUCGGUAGACAAGCAGAGGGAAUUAUUGGAAGGAUUCCAGGCAUGGCGUAGGAAAAAGGUUAAAAACAUCAAAGUCUUAAACUUUAAGAUUAAAACGUUGUUUGCCGUCGGAACGGAAGGUUUGUCACGUAGCGAACGACGGACUAUUUAUGAGGAACAGCGAGUCUACAAUGACAUGUUGGAGUUGGAAGAUCUUCACGAUACCUAUGCCAACUUGACGACUAAGGUCAUUCGCAGCAUGGAACUCAUCGAUAACAAAUACGAUUUUAAAUAUCUAAUGAAAGCCGAUGAUGAUACUUAUCUGAAGUUAGAUCUCAUAUCGGAGGAUCUUUUGAGCUAUUACGAGAAGCUCCAUAAGGUACGAUCGGCCCAUCGCAAUGCUAUUGAGCUCUAUUGGGGCUACUUCAAAGGAGCUGCGACGAUACAACAACACGGCCAUUGGAGGGAACCGAAUUACAAACUGUGCGAUCGCUACCUUCCAUAUGCCUUAGGAGGAGGAUACGUGCUAUCCAAAAAGCUAGUAUCCUUUAUUGCCAACUACGCCAAUUCCCUGAACGUUUACAAAAGCGAAGACAUGGCCAUCGGUACAUGGCUCGCUCCCUUCGGCAACAUCCACCGGCGACACGAUGUGCGCUUUGAUACCGCGUGGAGGGCUAGAAAAUGUCAACCUUAUCAUCUGGUGCUGCACAAACGAAGCACCCAGCAAAUGAAAGACUUGUACCAGAGCGAAGCUUGUGAUCUGACGGAAGAUCAACAGAGCAAUCAACCGAAAGAGUAUUUCUACGACUGGACUGUUCCGCCAACCCAGUGUUGCAAAAUAUUAGGUUAGUGGCGAUAACCGGGUAGACUAUUUUUUAAGAUACCGAUCGUCAUUAUUUGAGUAUGGACUUACACACAGCAGCUAAUGUAAGCGAAUGUUAUACCAAUAAGUGAAAUCGUUUAAUCUUUUUGAGGUUUUCCAGUGAGAAGCACGUUAUCCUUGAAUAAAGUUAACGAGAAAAAAUUCUGUCCAGUGCGCAACUGUGUAAAAAUGGCAGCAAUAGUUGAGCUUUUAGGUUCAUAGAUUGAUUUAAACAACAUAUGAUCAUUGAACAAUAAAUUAUUACCUAUAUAAACGGAGAAUUUGCCUUUUUACUUUCA